AAUCGCUGUUUGUGAAGUGACGACUCUCCAAAUAUUUUCAAAAUCCCAAAAGAUUUGCAUUUUCCCCCCAUUCCUCGAAAAAUUAAAGAAAAAUCAAAUAAAUCCAUAUUUUCACAUUCUUCCCCAUUUGCACACCUACAACACACUAGAAAAAACGCACAGAAACAGUACCACUAUUUAAUUUUCAUUCCAAGAUGUCCACGUCAUCGGCACGCCGGGUUCAAGAACGCGGCGUCGGCGCCAGCGCCGGCGCUGGGAAAAUAGCCGCAGUUCCUACCGGAAAAAUAUCCCCAGCUACCGGGAAGUCUGUUUCCACAGGGAAGGAGAAUCCCAGGCCAACAUCUCGGCUUCGAUCUGCAACCCAGAAGCCCAGUAUACGUCCCAUGGCUCGGACAGACAAGUCGGCGGCGGCGGCUCCGGCGGUGGAGGAGCCACAUUCAAGGUGGUCGACUUCGUCGGUUCCGAGAGGUAGGAGCUCUAGUCCAUCUGAGUUCACUAGGGUUUUAUCCGAUUUGAGGAAAAAUCCCUCUAGGGUUUCUGUGGGCCCAUCUCAGAGGAAAGUAAACGGUGUUAAUUUGAAGGGUUUGAAUGAAAAAUACUGUCAAAAAUCUGAUAUUGAGAAAAGGGUUUCGAAAGAUCCUGUGAAAAAUAAGGAGGUUCUUGGUGAAUUGGUGGGUGGGUUUCAAGUAAAGGAGAAAGACAAGAUUUUAUUUGUGAAUAAUGAGAGUAGUUAUAUGAAAGGAAUUUCAGAUCUUGAGAAAAAGGUUUCGAAUGAUUUCAAGAAAAAUGGGAAACAAUUGGAGGAGUUGAAAGGUAAUUUUCAAGAAAAUGGGUUAGCUUAUAGUACGGAAUCAAACGGUAAAGAGCAGAGUCUGGGUUCGGUAAUGGUGAAAAAAUCGAAUAUUGAGAAUUCGAAUGAGGAAUCCAGUUUACAGUCGAAAUCUUGCACUACUGGAGUUCCGUCUGGGUUGAGUACAGGGGAGUCGAAAAUUACAAACAAAGACGGUAACUUUGCAGGAAUCGUCAGAGCAAAUGUUCCCAACAAAUAUCCAAGUAAGCUCCACGAAAAACUUGCCUUUUUGGAGGGAAAAGUGAAGAGAAUCGCGACCGACAUAAGCAGGACUAAAGAGAUAUUGGAUAUGAACAAUCCGGAUGCUUCCAAGAUGAUCUUGUCCGAUCUUCAGGAAAAAAUUACAGGAAUCGAGCGGGCGAUGGUUCAUGUUACUAGUGACGAAAAUGGAAAGAUAGGGUUAGUGAAAAGUACAGAAAAUCGGAAUAGAAAAGAAGAUAAGGAAGUUAUGGAUGCUAAAAGUCUCGUUAAGGGUUUGAAGGCUGAAGAGUUGGAAGCACGAUUAUUUCCUCAUCAUAAGUUGAUGAGAGAUCGGACGUUAUCAAAAGCAAUAAUAUCCAGAGAUUCCGAGGUUAAUGUGGAUAAUUCUAUUGCAUUGAAUUUCCCGGUUUAUUUGAGAAAGGAAGAAUCGCUGGUCGGUGAAGGGGAAAGUAAGGUUCAAGAAAUGGAUAGUUCUACAUCCUCUGUAGCAGAAACUUCUUCUCUAAAUGCGUUGAAAGACGAAGCUGAUAUUGAGGCUAUGCUGAUUGCGGACGAAAAUCUCGACGAAUUCGACGACCAAGAGAGAGAACCAGCCAUGAAAUUCGAAGAGGAGGUGGAAGAAAAUUGUAAGUACAAGUUGAACGAUAUCGGAUUCAAAACAUCGACCGGAGGGUGGUUUGUCUCAGAAGGAGAGGCUGUUCUUCUUGCACACGAUGACAGCUCUUGUUCGUACUACGACAUUACUAACUGUGAGGAGAAGGCUGAAUACAAGCCCCCGAGUGGAGCGGUACCAAAUAUGUGGCAAGAUUGUUGGAUAAUCCGAGCCCCGAGUGCAGAUGGAUGCUCCGGUAGAUAUGUUGUAGCGGCAUCGGCCGGAAAUUCGAUCCACACGGGUUUUUGCUCAUGGGAUUUCUACACAAAAGAAGUACGAGCUUUUCAUAUGGAUGACGAAGAAGCCACAUGUGUGAACACCGUCCUCGCUCCUUUAUCGAACAACAAUAUGUAUCAAAGAAAUGCUAUGUUCACUACCAUGGCUACUGAAAACAGACAAUGGUGGUAUAGUCCAUGCGGCCCACUUAUUACAUCAGCUGCCAGCUGUCAGAGGACGGUCCAAAUUUACGAUAUUCGAGAUGGGGAGAAAGUAAUGAAAUGGGAGCUGCAAAAGCCUGUGAUGGCGAUGGAUUACGCUAACCCUGUGCAGUGGAGAAACAGAGGAAAAGUGGUAAUUGCAGAAUCGGAUGCUGUUUCUCUGUGGGAUGUCAGCUCUCUUAAUUCUCAGGCAUUGAUGUCUGUUUCUUCGUCUGGUCGGAGAAUUACUGCUCUUCAUGUGAAUAAUACGGAUGCAGAAAUCGGCGGAGGGGUUAGACGAAGAAUUAGUUCGGCGGAAGCAGAGGGAAACGACGGUGUUUUUUGCACUUCUGAUUCGAUCAACGUGCUAGAUUUUCGGAGCCCAUCUGGUAUAGGCCUUAAGAUACCGAAAGUUGGAGUGAGCGUACAGUCAGCAUAUUCUCGUGGAGAUUCAAUUUUCGUUGGAUGCUCGAGUUUAAAAUCAGCUGCGAAGAAGCAGUACUCUUCGGAAAUCCAGCAGUUUUCGCUGCGCAAACAGAGGAUUGUGAGCACGUUUGCUUUGCCGGAAUCGAAUGCUAAUAGCACCUACGCAGCACUUGCGCAGGUUUGGGGAAAUUCGAACUUUGUGAUGGGAGUUUGCGGGCUUGGUUUGUUUGUUUUCGACUCGUUUAAGGAAGAUGGAUUAAUGUCUUUAAAGAGCCCGAUAAAUGUGAAAGAAGCUAUUGGGCCGGAUGAUAUGUAUUAUCCUUCUUUCGAUUAUUCGUCUUCGAGGGUUUUGCUGAUAUCGAAAGAUCGUCCUGCUCAGUGGAGGUACUUGCUGUAGAGAGAGAGUGCCAUGGAUUUAGCAAUGACUUAUUGCUUGUUCUUUUCCUAAAUGUUUUUAUUUUUUAUUGUGGUGUUUUUUUUUUUCAAAAUUCUGCUAUGUUUAUAGGUACUGUAUAAUAUGAUCUUUUUUUUUUUUUUUUGAAUAUUAUAUGUGGGAAUUAUCUAAUGUCGAAUGCUAUGGUGUUUCGUACAUGUGUAUUAGUACACAUUGGAUUGUGUGUAUUUUUGUUGAAACAUUUGCUUUGGAACCGUCAAAUUGUGUGUGAUUUUCACUGUCUUAAAGUUGAUGUUCAUUGAUGAUGCA